CACUCCCCAACUACCAACGUUCACUUCUAACCAAACCCUCUCUUACCGCCAAGAUGCCUUCCACCACCCAAAUGCUCUCCGCCCUGGCGGUUACCGCCGUCGCCGGCGUCCAGGCCGCCAUGGGCCCGGCCUUCAGCACCGGUCCCGUCGCCUCCGACUCUUUCAUCCGCGAAGCCACCUCCACCCUCGUCCUCCCCGCCGCCCCCUCCAACAACAAGGGCGACGCCUCCCUCUGGGUCGGCAUGGGCACCUCCAACGGCGACCUGAUCCAGUCCAUUGCCGACAGCUCCAACUACGACAACACCGGUACCGGGAAGUGGUCCAUCUUCGCGUACACUCUUCUAAGCACCGGUGCCAACUCCCAGAUGCCUGUUCAGACUGAGGGCACGGAUGCUUCCGAGGGUGACAAGAUCACCAUGCACUACAAGUUCGAUGAUGCUUCUCAGAACUACACUCAGACCGUCUCCAUCAACGACAAGGUCGUCGCGACCCUCUCAACCAAGGACGGUGAGGCCCAAGGCUGGGGCAGCGCCGUUGAGUGCGCCGCCGAGGACUGCGGCACUGUCGGUGCUCACUCCUGGAUCAACACCAAGAUCAUCCUCGACAAGGCCGACGCCAACUACAUCAACACCAUGGGCAAGGGCAACGGCGUCACCGGCGACAUGUCUACCAGCGACGGCGGCAAGACCUGGACCGUCACCACCAUUGAUAUCCCCGAGUUCACUUUCGGUCAGUAAAUGUGCUGCUGCCGCCUCGAGAGCUGAGCUCCAUAUGCCUCUGGAAGGGAAAAGCUUUUUCUUGUAUUUUAUACUGUGUCUGGACAUACCUUGCACCGCAUCGCUGUACAUACCCUGCUAGCCAAGAUAC